AUGGCCAUUGAACAAGAUGGUCAUAGGACCAACUGGAACGCCGUGGGAUUCAGAGUCGUCGAUUUGAGCUUGUGGUGUUUACGACGACUUGCCUUCCUCGAGCGUCGAGGUGCGCAAGGCCCGUCAACCACGUGCACUGCUACCGAGGCAGCUUACGACCGACGAUUGUCGAGGGGUCGCUUCGGGGUCGGCGGCGAGCCGCAGCGGAGUAGGGAGGCCGAUAUACUUGCCGUGGCGAUUGAGGCUCUUCGAACGUGCGAAGAUGAGCGUCGGUAUGAGCUUCUGGAAGGUCAUGAGUGUGAUCUACAGCGCCAGAGCUGCUGCCAGGUGCCUGCGGUGAGUUUGGUGCCAAAGGCCACGCGAGAAACCAGGCGGUUCCGCCCACGAGGGUCAGAGAGUCUCUCUUCCCGUCAACUUUCGGAUGGGCAUGAGCAGAUGCAGAGCAUGCACCUCCCCAGUUUACAGCUGGAUUCCCAAGCGGGCGGAGGUUGUGGCAUGGCCUCAAAAGGGGGGAGGGCACAAUUGCGGGGUAAUGAUUUUCCGACGGCAGCACAGGUCCUUCAACAACAGCGCGUCCGAGCGGGGGGGGUCGGGAUCGGAGAGUGGGGGAAGUUUGCGACGGUGAGAGCCAUUCACAGCUGA